AGAAAUGGCAACCUCUUGAAUAAGAGAAUCAAGCAAGGCUGUAAGUUUUGAGGUGAUACUUGUCUGAGACAAGUCACAACACAUUCAUCCAGCAAAGGGCACUAACAAUUAGGGUAACAACAGAUAUACUUUAACAAAUCUGUCCAAUUAAGGGGUACCAUCUCUUAAAAAAUCCUAUGCUUGAACAAGAAAGCCUUUAAAAUCCAAUCCCCAAAGAAGGAAUUCUGGCCUUUGUUUGGAAGUCAAUUAACAAUCCUUCAAUCAACUUGGUAAAUCUCUUCCACAAUGUAUAGAGACCCAAUUGUGAAGCCAUAAUAGGCCACACUCAAGUUUCCAUCAAUAGACUAUCUGCGGAUCUUUUUAUACUGUUAACUCACCCCAAUUGACCUCUGAAAACAGAAAUCAAAGACAUUAGGCUCAACAGAGAUGAUUGAGAACACCACAUCUUUAGCUGACUUGGUUGAUGGACAGCAAAAACCAACUGAAGGCACAGAUGACAUAAGUAAAACACCAAGACACUCGCGAUGGACCAGACAAGAAACACUUGUUCUCAUAGAAGGAAAAAAGAUUGCAGAGGAAAGAACUCAUAGGGGGCGUAAAUCCAGUUCUGUGUUCGGUUCUGACAAGCCGGAACCUAAAUGGAAUUCAGUCUCCUCUUACUGCAGACAACAUGGAGCAAACAGAGGACCUGUUCAAUGUAGAAAACGAUGGAGCAACAUGAUCAGUGACUUCAGGAAAAUUAAGGCAUGGGAGUCACAAGCAAAUGGAAGCAGCGACUCUUAUUGGAUUAUGAGUAAUGAUCUAAGGCGAGAGAAAAAGCUACCAGGUUUUUUUGACAGAGAAGUCUAUGAUGUCAUGGAUGGGAAGGAAUUCACAGCAGAAGCAUAUCAACUAGCUCUGGUAACCAUAACUACAGAUGAUAAAGUUGAUUAUGGGAUUGAAACAGCAGAAGAAGAGGAAGAGAAAGAGGAAGAGGAAAACGAGCAGGAGAACACAGAGGCUGAAGCAGUUUCUCAUACAGACGGAUAUAUCAUGGCAGAUGAUGUUCUGUUUCCAGCCAUGGAGGAUAUUGGAAGCAACCCACUGAAGGAAGGGAUUGCCAAAGAUAAGAAAGCUAAGUCCAUUCCCUCUCCCACGCCUAUAUCAGGUAAAUUAAAGUGUCCUUCAAAAUGCUUUGCUCUCAACCAGAACUUGUUACUUUUUACAUCAGAACCGAUCUGAGAUUGUUGGACGCAACUUUCAUGAUGACAAUUGCCCUGUUAUUAUAUCAUGGUUAGCACAAUUUUUUCGUAAUUUAGCACAAUUCUGGAUUUAUAAUGUUGGAGGAACUAUUUUAUUCUGUAGAACUAUAUUUGUAUCCUAUUUAUAUUGUUGGAGGUACAAAUUCUAUCCUGGUGGCAAAAAUAUUUUCUUGACAACUACAAUCCAUCAGAAAGUAAGCCCUUCACAAGCAUACAACUCUAUGAAUUUCCUACCAAACAAAGCAUUAUCAAAAUUAACACAUUUAAUAUGAGAUUUGGUUCAUACUACCACUGUCCAUCCCAUCUAUAACCAACAAUUCAAAGCUUGAAGCAGCCCCAUCUUUCCUAGCACAUACUUGCUAUCACACAGACUUUUGUGCCAACUCUUUUUUCUUGCUUGG